AUGGAAGACCUCGACUGCUCUCAGAGUUCUCAUGGGAACGGCUACAAAGCACACCAAACCAAAUGUGCUUCGUUGCCUACCAUCACACAUCAAGAUAAUACCGACGAAUGGGAGCCGUGUGAGUGUUCCGACGUUACCCAUUCGAUCAAGACUGUACCAUGGCAGCGAAACCUAAAGAGCCUGACCAAGCAGUUGGUUUGGGUCGGAGACUUCGCCAUCCAUUUUCUGCCGGUCGCCAUUACAAUUGGCCUCGUCGUUCUCUAUGCCAAAGGUGUUGUUUGGAAUCCAGACUCAAAUGAGAUCAACGGCAUUCUCGUUGCAGCAAAGAUAUACGAAUACCUUCUCAUGGGCUCGCUCUCAUCUAUCUUACUUCACCGCAUCAGGUCAGGACUCAGAAGCUCCCGGGGAGUUCCCCUCGGAUUUCUGACUACACCUUUCCAAGUCAGCUCUCCCUUCUCUUUCAUUGCUAGCCGUCUGUUCUGGGGAGGCGGGCCGCGCCGUGGCCUAAAUUUGAAAAACGAUUUGACAACGAACAUAUUCACCAGCGCAAUAAUAUUUCUAGCUCUAGCUAUUGGACCGAGCAGUGGAAUUAUUAUGGUGCCAAAACUCGAUUGGUGGCCCGCCCCGGUUUCUAUGCAGCCGCUGGAGAAUGGGUACUCUGGGGCAAUUCUACUUAAAGCACAUUUCGAUGAGAUAUACCCGACUGCCCUCAACUUUUCAGUCAACCGCCCAUCUUGUAUGCAAGAAUCACAGGCCGAUGUGUACGUCACAUCCGACACCCUGGAAUGUUCUUCCGGUGGACUAAGCCAGAUACUUCACACUCUGCCCCAAGUCCUUAGUUUGAGCUAUAUCGACAAAUAUGUGUCCAAUAUUACAAUCAGUGAUAGAGACUACUCUAAGUCAAUAUCAGUGGGAUGGCAAUUUACGGAUGACAAGACCAAUGCAGUUGCCUAUGCAACGACGCCCCUUGAUGUUGUCACCCGUCAAUCAACCACGCAAGGUUUCCAUUCAUGGCAGCAGUUUCACACCCCACUGAAGGCUAUGUUCCAAGCUGUCACUUACUCCCAGAAAUCGGAAAUCGAUCCCAGCGACAGACUGCGAAUACUUACGGUUGCUACGAUCCAACAGUGGCGCCACCCUGCGGUAGAGGUGAACUGUGUGACUCUUCAAAAGGACGACAAAUGGUACACCGCAUCAAUAGCAGUCGGAUCAAGAGCUGUUUCAAGACUCCGUUUGGAACGAACUCACGUCGACCAACACUUUGGGUCUCAACCCUUCGAAGGUUUAUCAUACAUUGACAUUGGAGGUUCACUCCCGUUUCGUUCCUCGGCUGCACUUAUUUCCAAGUCGACCAAUACAACGAGUUUGUGCAUCAUCGCUGCGCAGUGGAUCAAGUCAGAGGCAUGGAUAUUGAAGCCGUUUAGCAGCGGUGCUCAGACAAAUAUUGCCGUCGAUCCCUCAGCAUCACUGAGCAAGGAAUUUGAAGACAUGGCGAAUAUCAUUGCUAUCUCUGAGGAGUGGACUAGUCUAAUGAACGGCACCGUCAAAUUUGUGGACUCAAAUUCUGGUUCCAAUCUAGAGAAGAGUGUUCCCGGCCUGGUUGGUCUCGCAAUGGCAUGCGAAGGGCACACUUCGACCAGAUGCCUCUCAGUAGGGCUAUCUCUCUUCUUCGCAGACGCCAUCUCGCGAGUUCAGUACUUUUGGGACAUAUAUGGAUGUCAUACAGAUCCUCUCAAUUCAUUGCGGCCAGCGUUCUGCGAAGGGAUUCAGAGAGUGGAAAAUGGCAAUGCUAGCCAGAUUGAAGUCGCUGACUCGGACUUGCCAAACUAUAUACGGGUAACUUCUGAUUACUUCUCUUUACAGCACGGAUAUGGUCUACAUGGGAUAACGCAGUCAAUGGCCUGGGUAAUGGUGAUGAUCCACCUAGUACUUGUCAUCGUUCAUGUGUCAGAACAUGUGCUCAGGAAGAAGACAUACUCACACAAGGCUUGGUCAGACUUGGAGGAGCUCAUGAGCCUUGCGAUAAAGCCACAUGCUGCUCAACUACUUCAGUUUAACGGCUUGAAGUCAAAUAAGGUUGAAAUGCGGCAGCUGAGAGUAUUUAUGCGGGAUGACCCAAACACUGUUGAAGCUGUUAUAAUCGUGGAGCAUCCCGGAGCUACGCUUCCGUCGGAUGAUCUUAGGAAAAGACCGCAGAAGUAG